AUGACCGUCUGCACAGAUUGCGGGGGGACGGUCAUCGAGUACGAUGCCGCGGCCGGUAAUGGCUUCUGCGUGCAGUGCGGAACGGUCGUUGAGGAGAACACGAUUGUCAGCGAGGUAAUGUUCGGCGAGACGAGUACCGGUGCAGCGAUGGUACAAGGAAGCUUUGUUGGGCAGGGAGCAACCCGUGCUAGGAUGGGAGGACCGUUCGGAAAUAGGGGAAGUAGUGAGAGCAGGGAACAGACUAUCGCAAAUGCAAGCAGAAAGAUUUUCCAGGUCGCAACGGUAAUGAGACUUUCUGAAGUAGUCUCACUGGCUGCGACGAGACUGUACACGCUCGCCGUUGAGCACAAGUUCACAAAGGGGCGCAAGAGCAUGAAUGUUGUCGCCGUGUGCUUGUACGUUGCGUGCCGGCAAAAAGAAACACGGAACUACAUGCUUAUCGACUUCUCCGACCUUCUCCAGGUGAAUGUAUUCGAGCUUGGGCACACAUACCUGCAGCUCGUGCAGACGCUCAACCUGCGGCUCCCCCUUGUCGAUCCAUCUCACUACAUCUCGCGCUUCGCCGCGCUGCUCGAGUUCGGCGAGGAGACGCACCAAGUCGCAAUGGACGCAGUGCGGCUCGUGCAGCGCUUCGACCGCGACUGGAUGACGCGCGGGCGGCGACCCGCAGGCAUCUGCGGCGCGGCACUGCUGCUUGCCGCGCGCAUGAACAAUUUCCGCCGCAGCAUCGCCGAGAUCGUACAGGUCGUCAAGAUCGCGGACACGACGCUGAAGAAGCGCCUCGAGGAGUUCAAGUGUACGCCUUCCGGCGCGCUCACGCUCGCGGACUUCCGAAGCGUGUGGCUCGAGGAGGAGAUGGACCCUCCAGCGUACACGAAGGGGAAGGAGAGGGAAGAGAAAGAUAAGGAAGGGCAGGAUAAUGAUGGAAAGAAGACGAAGAAAGGUAAGGGCAAGGGCAAGGGAAAAAGGAAGAAGCGCAAGAGGGGCGAAGAGGAUGAAGGUGAGGCCGACGAUGAAGCUCAGGACGAAGCUCAUGAAGGGGAGGAGAUCGAGGUUGCGCCGGAGCCGCUCCCGCAUCACCAAAUUGAUCCUGCCCUACUCAACCAGGGAAUCCUGACGGGAACUACUCAGCCUCCCCUAUUCUUUCCUGAAUACGACGAGACCGACUCCAACAUCGACCCAGCACUGCUUGAUCAUGAACAUCCUUCUGCCCCACCGCCAAUACCUAUGCCUCAGAAUCUACUACCAGACAAAGUCCUAGAGAUGGAUCUGCCACCGCCCUCCCCUAUGGAGGAAACUGUGAACGCUGUUGUCGCAGAAGAGGUCUCGGACUUCCUCGCGAACGCGCAGGGUGCCGUGCUAAGCUCCGCGCUAGCCGAGGCAGAGCAACGGCGCUUGGAGCAUUUUAUUGGCGACGACGAGCUGAUGGGCCUGGACGAAGAUGAGCUAGACAGAUUCCUCCUCACUGAGGAAGAGGUGAAGAUAAAGGAGCGCGUCUGGGUUGAGAUGAAUCGAGAGUAUCUGGAGGCUAUUGCCGCGAGAGGCGACCAGCAAGGUGAGGCGAAGGACAAGAAGAGUCGCAAGCGACGGAAAACGAGCAACAAGCCGCGAGAUGCCUCAACGCCGCACGGAAGUACAGCAGCUGAAUCUGUACGCAACCUUCUCAAGAAAAAUCCGAAGUACAGCAAGCGGAUCAAUUAUGACGCGCUCAAGGACCUCUUCACGGAAAGUACCAUCAAGACGCCGAGCACGCCAGGCCUAGAUGACAAGGACGACGGCCUGUAUGUCAUGGACGACAAGAGCGACGGAGAAGGCAUGCUCAUCGUCGAGGAGGGCGGCGGCGGGGUCGGCAUGGCACCAUCUCAGUCCAGAAAUGUUACCCAGCGGGCGCCAGUUGCUGAUACCCAUCAAAGUACAGAAUACGUUGAUCUCGGAGAGGCGGAUGAGGAUGCGGUUGGGGAGGACGAUGUGGAGGAAGGAAGCGAUAAGGGUGAGGACUAUGGAGAGUGGGAUGCAUACGAGCAGGAGGUCUGA